AUGACCAGAAUACAUUCAAAGUUAGACUCUCUAGCAUCGCGUCUCGUAGAAUCCAAUGAUUCCCGGGGGGAAGAUGAAGACGACGACGAUGCCAUCUUUGCAGAACUUGAAGCAGAGAUAGAGAACGACGCUGAUGCAACAGUGCGAGAUCGGGGCUUAGAGCAGCUCAGGCUCGAAAUGCAAAGAGCCAAAGACAUGAGAGAAAAUGCCCAUGGGAGAUACAUGGAGAUCACGAACGAGAAAGAGGCCAUUCGGAUAAGUGCGAAUGAGCCACACUGCGUGAUUCACUUUUACCAUAGUAAUUUCAGGAGAUGCGAGAUCAUGGACAAGCACCUUGCAAAACUCGCGCCGAAAUACUAUGCUACGCGUUUUAUUCGUGUUUUCGUGGAGAACAUGCCAUGGCUGGUCGAGAAGCUUGCCAUUCAAGUCCUUCCAUGCCUGAUGUGCUUCAUCGAUGGGGUCUCAAAAGACCGUCUUAUUGGGUUCGAAGAACUCGGAAAUAAUGACACGUUUGAGACUGCGGUACUCGAGCUUAGGCUAGCGAAUAGCGGUGUCCUUCAAAAAGCGCGGAAUGCUUAUGAAUCCGGUGUCACAUACAACGUCUCGUCAUCUUCAAACGCAAUGAAAUUACGAAGAGGUGGACAAACAGAUCAGGAUGACGACGAGUUUGAUUUAUGA